GCGAAGUCAAAAGGGAGGCUUUGCGCCAUUGCACCCAGGAUUUUUUAUAAAGGACGGGACGGGUCGGCUUUUCUUUGGUUUUUUUAACGCACGACUCGAGAACAGGUUUAUCUUUUUUUUUUGCACGUCACUGGCUGACGCUCAAACGGCAUACAUACACAUAACAAGGGCUCAGCCAUUCAUACCCACGGAACGACCGUUCAACAGACAUGGUCAAGAUUGCGGCUCUCUUACUUGUGUUGACGGCGUCGCUGGUGGCCGCUCAAGACCAGCGCCCGCCGAGAAACGGGGAAGGAGGGAACCAACGCUCUCCUCAACGAAGUGAAAACGGUGGUGGCAGCAGAAAUGGUGGUGGCGGUGGAAAUAAUCGAAACACUGAAGGCCCAGAGCCAAAACUCUCGGGUCUCGGUCAGUGCACCAACCCCAUCGUUCGAAAAGAGUUUCGAGAGCUUACGGAACAAGAGCGUCAGGAAUACAUUGAAGCAACUCUCUGUCUCCGCGACCCGGUCCGAUCGCCCUCGCGUCUCCCAGGGACCGGAAGUCCCUCUCUUUGGGACGACCUUGUCUAUGUCCACUGGCAAGCGACACCCCAGUCCCACGGAACUGCCUCCUUUUUGCCCUGGCACAGGCGAUUCCUCGGAGUCUACGAAUGGCUCUUGAGGUCAAAUUGCGGCUACAGAGGUGCUCUUGUUUACUGGGACUGGUCCUACGACUCACAAGCUCCCGAACGCUCAGAAAUCUUUUCACCCCAGUACUUUGGCGGCAACGGUGACCCUUCCAACAAUUGGUGCCUUCGUGACGGUCACUACAAGGACUGGAAAGCCGUCUUUCCUCCGGAACGUCCUCGCCCUUGCAUCUCGCGCAACUGGCGCGGCCCCAACCGGCUGCCAGCUCUCCUUUCCGACAUUGAAAUUGAAGAAAUCCUUGAAAGUUCCAAGGAUUCCUACAACUCCUUUAGGGAGAAUGUUGAAGGUCUUCCCCAUGACCAAGUCCACGUCUCAAUUGGUGGGGACAUGUCCUCCACAUCCAGUUCCACCAACGACCCAGUCUUUUUCUUGCACCACUGCAACAUUGACCGUCUUUGGGACAAAUGGCAGCGUGAAAAUCCCGAAUUGGCCAACACCUUUGAAGGCCCUCGUGACCGAAGCGCUCCCGAAGACUUGAACGCCCUCGACACGGACCCAAUGGAAAUGAUCCGUCUCUACCCCGACGCCCCCGUCCGUGACAUGUUUUCUACGACCGCGGGCGACAUUUUCUGCUACACGUACUCCAACAGCAUUGUCCCCAACUCUGUUUCACCCGGCCAAGCCCGCGUGUCACGGCCCAGUCGCCGCAGCCUUGCCGAAGGCUUCCGUGCAUGGCGCAACGAGCGUAUCGCAAACUUCAACGCUUAUUCAUACGCUUCCUACCAAUCCGCUACAGGUGACUCCCAACGCGGUUCCCCCAAUAACCCCAAAACGCCCGACGUCUACGACCGUACGGACCUGUACAAUAUCCGCUACCAUGAACCCAUUCCCGAUGACUUUUUACGUGUCCAAAUGGGCUACCCCGAAUCCCGUGUCCAGGAAAUCCGGAACCAAGAAGCUUAUUUCACCGAAUUUGUCGAUUACGUCAAUAUGGCAUCUGGCUGGAUUUCUCAUACCGCCUUGGUGUACAUUGAACAAAAGACGGGAUGGCGUGCAUGUUCAGAUGAAGAGUCGCAGUUGAACACCAUGUUGCGCAAAAUGUUUUGUCAGAGCAUUCAUAACGUGUUGGGCAAGCUGCAUGUUAAGGCCAAGGAUGUUGUCAAGGUGUUGGACACUAUUGGUGAUGUUGUUAGGAAUGGUGGGCGUGGCCGUGGAUCGCAACAGUAUCCUCAGCAAUACCCUCAACAGUAUCCUCAGCAGUACCCUCAGCACGGGGGUAGCGGAUACCCACCUCAAAGUCCAAACUACCCUGCCUUACACCCGAGCUUUUAUUCGAGUGAGGCGACGCACUGGUAAAUGAUGGUUCUGAUUCGCAAAAGGAGGCUGUAUUCGCGGAGAUGGCGCUCGGGAUGGGAACGUACAUUCGAUUGUUGAUGUGUGUAUAUAUGUACGUAAGGACGUUGUAAAAGUGGAUGAUAUAUUUUUGUUUUUCGAAUACAUGGAAGAGUUUCUUCAGUACAAUGGG